UGGUUGAUUGGCUUCAGACUUUCAGUGGUCCCAAAGAAAAUGGUUCGAUAUUCUAAAGUAACGUCUUUCUCUCUCUACUCUUGGUCUUCAUCAAAAUCUCAAAAGACAAAUAAAAAAAACAUAUUGAUGUCUCUUCAACGACCCAAUGGGAACUCGAGUUCUUCUCCUUCCCCCAAGAAGCAAAAAACUGAGGAGAGCGAGGAGGAGGAGUUGAUGGUUCCAGACAUGGAAGCAGCUGGAUCAACAGGUGUUGUAAGCAGCAGUGCCGAUGACGGAGCCAAUAAUCCGGAGACGGACCAGACCCAAAACGCCAAACGCCCCCGUGGACGCAACCCAGUCGAUAAAGAAUACAGAAGCCUCAAGAGAUUGUUGAGGAAUAGAGUAUCUGCACAACAAGCGAGGGAGAGGAAGAAAGUGUAUGUGAGUGAUUUGGAAUCAAGAGCUAAUGAGUUGCAGAACAACAAUGAUGAACUUGAGGAGAAGAUCUCUACUUUGAUGAACGAACACAAUGCUUCGCAAAAUGCUAAUUAACACUAGGCCUAAAGCCGAUGAAAAUCACUGAGAAGAGAGCCCCUCCUUUUACUUAAUCAAAUGUUGUGAUGAUUAUCAUUUCUUUUGUAUAACAGUUUCUUUAAUAAACAUUAGAAUUUUC